AUGGAAGAACACAUCAGACAACUCGAACGACUAAUCAAAGAAAAGGAAAGAAAGAUCAGUUCAAUGUCCGAAGAGAUGCAGAAGCUGAAAAGCGAAAUGAUUCAAAAGGCGAAGGUCGCAGAUGUCCAAAGGAAGGAAAACGAGGAGAGAGACCAGAUGCUAAUUAUUUUGGAAAACACGGUCUCAGUGCUCUCGAUGGAGAAGGACACUUUGCAUCGAAAUCUACAGCAAAACGAUAAAAGCCGAGACGAAAUGCAAAUAAAAAUGAACAAGCUGAAUCAGGACCUGGAAGGACUUCGAAAAGAGAAUGGAAGGAAAGAAAAGAACAUAGAAAAGCUGAAGAGGGAGAACGAGAACAAGACCUUGAAGAUGAAAGGUUUAGAGGACGAGUUACAAGUCCUCACCAUUCAGACACAGAUGGCCCACGAAAAUUUGAAAGAGCUCGACCAAUGUAAAAGAGAAUUAGCUGAGAAAAACAAGGAACUGGAAAAGCUGAGAAAACAGAACAUGCAGAAGGAUAGCGAGAUCCUUCGCCUGGAAAAUGAAUGCAUCCAUAAACAAUUGGAAGUCAGCGGUUUACUGAAAGAAUCUAAAUCUGUUGUAGCAGAAACAAAACCGACGGCAAAUGGAAAGAUGAAUGACCUGAUUAGGAGGAUAGUUUCAACUUGA